CGCGGCCUGCGCCACCCCCGCCCUCAGAUGGACCAGUCGUCUCCAACCUACAUGCUUGCCAACUUAACCCACUUGCAUUCUGAACAGCUUCUGCAAGGCUUGAACCUCCUUCGCCAACAUCACGAGCUCUGUGACAUUAUCCUUAGAGUUGGCGAUGUCAAGAUCCAUGCCCACAAAGUGGUGCUUGCCAGCAUCAGUCCGUACUUCAAAGCCAUGUUCACUGGGAACCUUUCUGAGAAGGAGAACUCGGAGGUGGAGUUCCAGUGCAUUGAUGAGGCAGCUCUGCAGGCCAUCGUGGAGUAUGCCUACACAGGAACUGUGUUUAUCUCACAAGACACUGUAGAGUCGCUUCUUCCAGCUGCGAAUCUUCUCCAGAUCAAACUGGUAGUGAAGGAGUGUUGUGCGUUUCUUGAAAGCCAGCUUGAUCCUGGCAAUUGCAUCGGGAUUUCUCGUUUUGCAGAGACCUAUGGCUGCCAUGACCUCUACUUGGCUGCUAACAAGUACAUUUGUCAAAACUUUGAAGAUGUUUGUCAGACGGAAGAGUUUUUUGAGCUUACGCAUUCUGAAUUGGAUGAAAUUGUUUCCAAUGACUGCUUGAAUGUUGUGACAGAAGAAACCGUUUUUUAUGCACUAGAGUCCUGGAUCAAAUAUGAUGUGCAGGAGCGACAGAAGUACUUGGCCCAGCUGCUACAUUGCGUUCGGUUGCCACUGCUGAGCGUUAAGUUUCUUACGAGGUUGUAUGAAGCAAACCAUCUCAUUCGUGAUGACCAUACCUGUAAACAUCUGCUAAAUGAGGCCCUAAAAUACCACUUUAUGCCUGAACACAGACUUUCCCACCAGACCAUGUUGAUGACACGACCUCGCUGUGCUCCUAAAGUUCUUUGUGCUGUAGGAGGAAAAGCUGGACUGUUUGCAUGUUUGGAAAGUGUUGAAAUGUAUUUUCCCCAGAAUGACUCCUGGAUAGGCCUGGCACCUCUUAGCAUUCCCCGCUAUGAAUUUGGAAUAUGUGUCCUAGACCAGAAAAUAUAUGUUGUAGGAGGGAUUGCAACCCACGUGUGCCAAGGCAUCAGUUACCGAAAGCACGAGAAUUCAGUGGAGUGCUGGGACCCCGAUACGAACACUUGGACAUCUCUUGAAAGGAUGUUUGAGAGCCGGAGUACUCUGGGAGUGGUAGUUCUGGCAGGAGAGCUCUACGCCUUAGGUGGCUAUGAUGGGCAGUCUUACUUACGAACUGUAGAGAAAUACAUUCCUAAAGUGAAGGAAUGGCAGCUAGUGGCCCCAAUGAACAAAACAAGAAGUUGUUUUGCUGCGGCUGUCUUGGACGGAAUGAUAUAUGCCAUUGGUGGUUAUGGUCCUGCCCAUAUGAACAGCAUGGAGCGUUAUGAUCCAAGUAAAAACUCGUGGGCAGUCGCUUCAAUGGCUGAUAAACGAAUAAACUUUGGUGUCGGUGUCAUGCUGGGCUUCAUUUUUGUAGUCGGUGGACACAAUGGUGUGUCUCACUUAUCGAGCAUUGAGAGAUACGAUCCUCAUCAAAAUCAGUGGACUGUGUGUCGACCCAUGAAGGAACCCAGAACAGGAGUUGGUGCAGCUGUAAUUGAUAACUACCUUUAUGUAGUUGGAGGUCAUUCAGGGUCAUCCUAUCUGAACACUGUACAGAAAUACGAUCCCAUCUCGGAUACGUGGCUGGACUCUGCUGGGAUGAUGUACUGUCGAUGCAAUUUUGGUUUGACUGCACUUUGAUGAAAAGCAGGACUUUAUGGACCUGAUGCAAAGAUGGAGCUGAAUCUGCUUGAAAAUAAACCCUGCUGGCGGAGACCGUAAGCUGCGUUUUCUGAAGUUGGAAAGUUGGAGGAAUGUGGUAAAGCUGGGAGUGAAAUGAGGAAGGAUUCGUUUUCUUCCGGUAAUUGGCCUUUGUUACUUCAGUGACACAGGCAGAAGGAAUGGCAGGCUUAUUGCCAGCUGGGUUUAGAUAGCAUCCUGUUAAUGGCAGUGAAUUUUAGAGAGUACUGUACAUGCCUGGGAUAUGGUUAGAAAACUUACUGUAUAUCUAACCCUUUCACUUUCUAGAGCUUUUCUCUCUUCCUCCUGCCUACUAUGAAACAUGAAGUUUACUGCGCUUGGGGUGAGAGAUGUGUGAAUGUGUCGUAUGACUGGACAGUUUGCUGAUAGUUGUCUGGUUGUGUCUUCAUAUUAAGAAAACGCCAGUGCUUCAUAAUUUUUUUUAUGAACAGUAACUAAAGGGCUGCCUUGUUUCUGUAUCUCAAGGUUUGUAAAUAAUAAAUGCCACAGUAUGUUGCCUGUACACUCUUCUUUGUUACCCGCUUACUGGUAGGAGGGCUGGGAUGGUAAUUAGUAACUACUUAAAGAAAUUUACAAGGCAAAUUUAUUGCCUCUUAAUGAAAUUUUUGGAUCUGCUGAAGAGAAAUCACAUUUUUAACUUUCCCUUAUAUUUUCUCUUCAUGGACAAAUGAGUGCUAGACUAAAUGACUUAAUCUUGCUAGUCUGCUGUGUGUUUUCAAUUGUAAUGCAAGGAAAAAUUACAACAAUCAUGCAUCGGAAGAAGCCACAGCAGCAUUCAUAGCAUGAUAUAAAAUACUCAAAAAUGAAUCCGUCCCAUCCUUCUCCCGAGCGCACUUGUGUCCAUAUUCCGUAUAACUUCCUUUUUUAAAAGAAUGUAUGAUUGCUUUCUCAGAGUGUUCAGAUACAAAAAUGGUGCUAAAUGUAGGACUUAACGAUAAGGCUGUUACAGAUUUUAGUGCAGUAUGCAUAAAGCAUGAUUGUUUUGAUUGUUCUAGUGUUUUUGUUUCUUAUUUGCUUGAUACAUUCGUGCCUAUGAAAACUGUCAAGAAUAACACAAUGUAUUGAAUGAGCUCUAUGUUUCUUACUUCCCCCCCGAAGAUCUACGUUUAUUGUUCCUGUUCUCACAAAUACUUAAAUAGGGAGUGAGUAGUGAGAUCCCAUCUCGGGUUCUUCAGACAGUCUUGCCUUUAAUACAAGUUGCAAUGAAUGAAAAGCGCAGGGCGUAGUUGCUCAUCUCGAGCGUGUCCUGCGUAACGGAGUACUGAAGGUCGGUUCCUGUGACUAACCAGAAUCUCGAGAGAUAGAACUUUGUGAUAGCCCUAAACUUAGUGAAAAUUUGGGCAGAUAAAUAGAAAGCGAUGCCGUGGGUUAUAACCGUUAUUUAAAAUAGGUGACUGAAUAAAUAUGAAUUUUAGCUAAUUUAGAAUGUUUUGGUUUGUCUUCUGAUUUUAACUAGGAAACACGGUUAUCUUGAAUUUCUGUUUUGAUGUCUGUAUGUGUAUUGCCAGGCCUGGUACUGAAGAGUUUUUCUGCCUCCAGAGUUAUUUUCACCUUGUUUUAACAUGUUAAAUUAAUGUUUGUUUCCCCUUGUUUUUCAAGCCCGUAUAGUAUUAUUUUUGAAGGUGCAAUAAUAUUUGAAAUAGUUGCUUUAAAAGCCAUUUCUUUAUAAGUACGCUAAGCAGAGGGUUUUGAGUGUAGCUGAUUUAUUCUAAGUUCCUGCAAAGCUAAUGGCAGCCAGGCAAACAGUGGUGUUCCUUGUUCUUCCAUAUGCUAACGUUCAGAUUUUAAACAGUCAAGGAGACGAGGGUGUUUUCACCAUAAAACUUUAUUCAUAGGUAACAGGUGUUUGCACAGAUUAUAAAAUCCUGCACAUAUUCUUCAGAUUUGGUAGAAUUAAGCAGGACUUUGAAAGCAAAUAAAAUUAACAAUUUCAGCAUUUUUAAUGCAGUUUAUUUGACCCACUAAGGAUUCUAGUUAUAUAGCAAUAAUAGCGUAAUUUAAUUAUUCCAGUGAAUCUGUUGAUAGGACACAAGUAGCUACAUGGUUGUAUGUUGCAUGUGUGUGU